UGUAUUUUGUGUCCUGCGCACUGGUUUUGGGCCCGCCCCUAUGGUCGAGGGGGUGAGGGGUGGGGUGGAGGCUGCCUGCCUCGGGCCAAUUGCGGAGAUACGGGGGCGGGGCCUGCCUGCAGGAAGUCCACCCCGGAAGCAGUGUGGCGCCGGCCAUGGCGGCACCUGGCAGGCGGUGUCCUGUGCAGCUGCUUGUCGCGCUGCGGGGCCUAGCCACACGCCGAACCCUACACGACGCUACCCCGCCACGGGAUGUGUUGCUUUUCGAACACGAACGAGGCCGCUUCUUCACAGUUCUCGGGCUGUUCUGCGCCGGCCAAGGUGUCUUCUGGGCCUCCCUGGCCGUAGCAGCUUUGGCCCGACCCUCGGUCCCGGCGCGGCCUCCGGACACGGAGUUCCCAGACCGCGGCCGUUUGGACGUGCGCUCCGCGCUCUGGCGCUAUGGCCUGGCGGUCGGCUGCGGCGCCAUCGGUACUCUGGUACUCGGUGCUGGUCUUCUCUUUUCCCUCCGCUCUGUGCGUUCAGUGAUGCUACGGGCUGGAGGGAAGCAGGUGACCCUCACCACUCAUGCGCCUUUUGGCUUGGGUGCCCAUUUCACCGUUCCCUUGCACCAACUAUCCUGCAUGGCCCACAGGGGUGAAGUCCCUGCCAUGUUGCCUCUGAAGAUUAAAGGCCGGCGCUUCUAUUUCCUCUUGGACAAAAGUGGACAUUUCCCCAACACGAAACUCUUUGACAGCACUGUGGGUGCAUACCGUAACUUGUGAAAAAACAACCUUGGGACAGUCACCCCUCCCAGAGGGGAAUAAAAGCUGAACCUUAGGGAUGGGGUGACACAAGGUGACCCAAGAUUCACGAACAGCAAAUAAAAACAGCCAUCCCAAGGGCAGCUACG